AUGGCGCCCAAACGAGGCCAGUCGAUCGAAGGCUCGGAAGAACGCGAUGAGUUUUUGAAAGAGCUUGCCGCAUAUCACGAAAAGCGCGGGUAAGAGGACAAUCGCGCCUGCUUGUUGGAAUGUAGCUACAGCACUGACACGCUUCCUCUCCAGCACCAGUCUCGACCCAGAGCCUAAAGUCGGCAUCCGACACAUCGACCUUUUCAAGCUUUACAGGCGCGUAGUGGAUGAGGGCGGUUAUGAUCUCGUGUCCGACACAAAAGCAAAGCCGUUGAUGUGGCGCAAAUUUGCCGAAGAGUUCAUUGGCAAGAAUCAAUACACAGCAGCGCAGGCGUUCCAAAUCAAGAACGUCUACUACAAGAACCUUUGCGCAUACGAGAUAAGCAAUCACUGGCAGAAAGAGCCGCCGCCAAAGGAGAUACUCGAGGACGUUACGGCCAAGGGUGGGAACGUCAUGACGCGUACGUUGGACAAUUACGAGCGUCCCAAGCCCAGAGAGCAAGAGAAUCUGCAGAACGGCGAAGAAGGAGAGGAGGAAGUCGAGCAGAAGACACCGAAAGAGGAGAAGACAGAAGGUGGAGAGGAUCCUGGCAGCGCAACGGGACGAUCGACAAGAGGUUUGAGACAGCAACCUCCGCAGCGAGUGCUGUUCCAGCCGGACCUUACAUCGGCACGUCAGACCAGAGGUCAGAACCCUUCAGCUUCACAUGCCUCGCCCACGCCCCAUUCUGGCAUAAAUGGCGUUGUGAACGCUUCGUCCCUCAGCAACGGCGCCUCCUCCACACUGGCAUCAUACGAGCCCUCUCAGGCGUAUCCGCUGUCCCUGAAGCCCGUCAUUACGCCCGCAAACAAUCCAGACUUCUACCACAAUGAGCGCAAACGGAAGUUGGAAGCCAACUCCGGUCCUUUGGCUAGGAAGUACAGGAACAUCAUGUUGCCCGGGACCGGGUUUAUCGGUCCAAACAUAUACGUGCGCGCACAGCUUGCCCUACAAAGCGGCAUCCCGGACGAAGAGCGAUAUGCACUACAUCACCUUGUCAAAAUCAGCCACGAAAGAGGCGACAAGUACCGAUUCGACCAGUUUCCUGGACUCGCGGACGCGCUCGCCAAGAAGAUCUUGCAAGUGACAAGUCUUUUCUAUGACAUCGAUUGGGACAUCAUGUACGAUGAGGAAUACUUCGCUGGCGACGACGAAACUCUAAACGGACUGGACGGAACCCCGGAUAUUGUUCAGAGACUCAGAUCGCACAUUCCCAUCAUCUCUGACGAUACUGUAUUGGACGCAGAUUUUCUCACUCGGCUUGACAGAAUCACGGGAGCAAGUCUGGUUGUGCGCAACAUGUCUUUGCAGGACGAGAAUGCAGCAUAUCUGGCCCGUCUGCCGCUAAUGCGGGAUCUCAUCGCCGUUGUGCUUCACCUUCCACACCAUGCUAGUAUCACGGAGCUACGCCAUUACGUGCUCGAAAUUGCGGAGCAAAUGCUCAAAUUUCUGGACAUAGGUUCGCAAGAUGCGUUAUAUCAGGGUUUGAUAGAGCAGGCUAGUGGCUUGGAUAGAGGCGCUGUCACCACGGCGUUCCGCGCACUCGCCAGGAUUGCCAUGACCCAUCCGGAGCCGAAACGGCUUGAUGAGGUGCCCGUGCAUCUACUUCGGCAUGCUCAGGAAUAUCUGCUCAUCGAUGACGAGGAGUUACGGUCAGCGUGCUUAGAUUUUCUCGGCACUUACACCUCGUUCAGCGACAAUGUCGAGAACCUCAUCAGGUCCACCAAUGUUGAAGCACUGGCCAAUCACCUCAGUCGGCUGGUCACUUCCACAGCCAAGGAACAGAAAGAAUUUCGCUUUCCCAAGCGUCGAGAGCCGGAAGCAGGUUUUGUGCCCGUACCUCGCCUGUCCAAAAGCUUGGUUGAGGCCUUGUUGAAGAUGGAAGAGCCGGAGCGAUCUUCAGAGUGGCUGCGGAUGUGCUUCUUGGCGGACCCCAACGCGGAGAUGACACAGAUUUCCCUUUGGCAGGCAUAUCAGGGGACAUUCGCGCCAUAUCACGGCACUCAUCCCCACUUGAUUGCCGGCGACUUCAUUAAAAACGUGAGCAGCACCUUUCAAGGCGCCACAGCCCAGGUCGCCGGCUCGAACAAGUAUGUCAUAAGAGGCAUCAAGUCUCGGAAGGUUCCAAUCGAUACGGGCACGUUGGCGGGCUCAAAGGCCACAGACAAGGGCAAGGAACUGUGUCGGUGUCACUGGAAGAUGACCGUUCCCGUGGAAGGCAGUAGAGACCCCGUCACGGGUCUCACGUCGGCGCCAAAAACUCGUGAGGUCGAAUGUGCAGAGUGGUUCAGGAAUGGUGAGGAUAUGCUCCAACACAUCUUGCACAACCAUUUGCAGCUCCCGAGGAAGUCAGGCGACGUUGCAGACGGAGACAAGAUGGACAUCGAUUCUCGGCCGUCUCGCGCUUCUUCUACGCUCUCGAACGGCAUGGCGAACGGACAUGCAACGCGGGAAACUUUCGACUUUGAAUCUGCAGACAAGGCCACAUAUCGAUGUCGGUGGGCCCAAUGCGAUCGAACAUCUACCAACUUCGCUACAGGCGGCGUACCUCGGACACUACUCUUCGCGCGGCAUAUAGAGACGCACCUGCCCGAGACAGAGGCGUCACGAUCGAAGCACAACCUCAAGCCAGAUGAGGCGGCGGCAUCCAAGCCGAUCGAGCACAUGCGGCUCACGAUGUUGGAGGACGAGCGAGGCGACGCUACCGGAGUGCCAUUGCGAGCAGUACUGGUGCUGAGGAACAUAGCGCGCUUCAUGCCGCGGCGCUUGGAGAUCGUCAAGGGGGCAAAUGCCAUCAAGAGCGGGCACAAGCAAGAAUCCGACAAGACUGAUCUCGUCGAAAGCGUAUUUGACGGCGAGGUGCGAGAUCGUCUGUUCUAUGCCAUGUCGUACAGCAAGACCAUCCGAGACUAUGUCGGCGCCGUGUUCAGGGCGAUCAAGCUGAGCGAAAAGUAG